AUGGGUUCUUCUUCUUUUGGCAACUACUCCGCCAUUAAUAUAAUCCAGUUCUUCACUAUUCUUCUUGUUCUCGUUACUUCUCAGCCGCCGCCGCCGCCGCCGCCGCCGUUUUCUUCUUCCCCACCAGCUUUAAGCAUCACCACCGACAAGGAAGCAUUGCUUUCAUUAAAGUCACAAUUCCUCGUCGAAAUUCCCAAUAACCCUCUCUCAACAUGGGACCAACAAAAUCUCUCUCCCUGCAACUGGUCCGGUGUUUCCUGCACCGAGCAACGAGUCACCGGCCUCGAUCUCUCCGGUCUCAGAAUGGCCGGUUCGAUUAGCCCUUACUUAGGUAACCUCUCCUCCCUCCGAUCACUCCACUUGCAGAACAAUCAACUGACUGGAAAAAUACCAUUGACUAUAAGUGGAUGCAGAGAUCUCAUGACCUUGGAAUUGAUGCAGAACCGGAUUUGGGGAAGAAUCCCUCACGAAAUCAGCCAACUCAUGCAGCUUCAAAUCCUGAAUUUAGCCGGGAAUCAGCUUUCAGGUGAAAUCCCGUCGUCCUUAACCAACAUUUCUUCCCUCGUCGAUUUAAACCUACGCACGAACAAUUUAGGGGGUUCCAUUCCCAGUGAUUUGUGGCGCCUUUCGAAUUUGAAGCUUCUCGAUCUCACCAUCAACAAUCUCUCCGGUAGAGUUCCGCUGUCACUGUACAACAUGUCCGCCUUGGUGUACGUUGCUUUAGCUUCCAACAAUUUCUGGGGCGAACUUCCUCCUGAUAUCGGAAUCACGCUGCCGAAUCUUCUAGGGUUAAAUUUCUGCUUCAAUAGAUUCACAGAUAAUUUCGGCGAGGAAAACCUUAUCGGACAUGGGAGCUUUGGGUUUGUUUACAGAGGAGUUGUGCAAGGAGUGACUAUGGCAGUGAAGGUCCUCAAUACUGCGGUAGCGAAACCACGAAAGACCUUUUUAGCAGAGUGUGGAGCUUUGAGAUAUUUGAGGCAUCGGAAUCUUGUGAAACUCGUCACUGCUUGUUCGAGUUUGAACUCGAAGAACGAGGAGUUUUUUGCUCUGGUAUUCGAAUUCAUGAGCAAUGGGAGCUUGGAUGAUUGGAUAACUGGGAAAAGAAAGCAUGCAAACGGGAUUGGAAUGACUGCUUCGGACCGACUGAAAUACGCAAUAGGAAUUGCAUCGGCGAUCGACUAUUUGCACAACGAAACCGAAGUGCCGAUCGUGCAUUGUGAUUUGAAGCCGAGUAACGUUCUACUGGAUUCGGACAUGACUCCAAAGGUUGCAGAUUUUGGUCUUGCUAAGUUAUUGUUGGACGAUACGGACAACCACCGAUUUUCUAUCAGCUGUACACACACUCUCAGGGGUUCUAUUGGCUACAUACCUCCAGAAUAUGGAUACGGAGAAAGACCAUCGACAGCUGGAGAUGUGUAUAGCUAUGGGAUUCUUCUGCUAGAGCUGUUUACCGGGAAAAGUCCCACGUGUGAGAUCUUCACAGAAGAUUUAACACUAAAGAGUUGGGUGGAAAAGCAAUUUCCGACUGAUGUGGAGAAGGUUCUAGAACUUGAUCUAGUUGAGGAGAUGAACGAUUAUUGGGAGGACGAAGAAGAGGGCAGGGAUUGCGGUAAGCUCGAAAGCUGGCGAGAAUGCCUGACUGCGGUCGUUGGUAUUGGUUUGUCUUGUGCUGCUGAGUCAGCUGAUGCGCGUAUGUCCAUUAUAGACGCACUUCGCAAGCUCAAGAAUGUCGAGGAGAUACUUGACAAACAUCGUCGACUUGUUGAUGAUGGGGAAACUAUAUAUAUUGAUUCUUAGUAUGUAAAUUCAUGAAGUUUAGCCCAUACAAGCACAGAUUAUAUAUAUAUACAGACAAUUUUUAUCAUAUUCGAGUCCAUAUGUAAAUUAAAGAAAUUAAACCAAAAGACGGGGCAUGUUGAAAAAGACGCCGUCGUUAACAGAGCUGCGG